AUGUCACGGCGCAAGUCUAGCGCACAGUACGUCAAGUUGGUGCUAAUUGCGGCUUGUUUUGACUGUAGUUUUGCUAUUGAAGAGCUGAUUACACAACAUGUAAGACAUUUUAUGAUUUUUUUGUCUAAAAUUAUUUAAACUAUUAACAAUUUUUGUUUUAAAACACGUUUUUUGUCCACAAAUUCUAAUGGUAGCAAAAAAACAUUUGGUGUUGACAGGGGUGUUUAAUCUUACGAAAUGCGUAGUUAAAAUCAAAGUUUUUACACCUAAUUUUACGUUUACGCAAAAUCUUAAAGUUUUUAUAUAUCAGUAUGUGUAUUUUGAAUUAUUGCUUAUUUUUAGCAACUUCACGUCAAAGGAGGUGUGAUAUACAUAUUAGCACAUGGCAUAGAGCAAUUUGUGCCAGAGAAGUUUUACUGGUUAUGCUUAAUACCUCAUGGAUUUUUUACCGUACACGGGCUAUUCAUUCUUUCUGGAUUAUACCACUUUAGGUACACAAUGAUGAUAAAGUAAGUUUUUACAUUAAGUGCCCAGUAAAUUAUUUUAUAAUAAUAUAUAUAAGCUGUUCUUUAAUUUUUUUAAAACAUUAUUUACAACAAUGAUUUUCAGUGUGAAUACGUCAACGUGGAUUUUGGCUCGCAAUAUAUGUAUCACCUCAACAUGUGCAUUAGUUACGGCAUGUUCUUUAGCGUAUGGAGUAACGCAAGGAGAAAAGUUAAGAGGUUACAGUUACUACUACAAAAAACUUGAAAACGAAUGGUUUGGAAAAUACGGACAAAAUUAUUUUGUAUAUGCAGCUGAUUUGGUAUGUUGGAGCAUUCACAAACUUACACUUUUUAGAAUUUUUCAUAAGGUUAUAUUUUUAUAAAAAUAAUAUUAACAAUAUAUUAACAGAGUGUUUCUAACAAUGUAUGUAUAUAUCAUUUCAGGACUUUUCGGGUACGAAGUUAUAUUUUUUUCUUGGUCUUACGUUAGCAUCAACUUCGGUUUUUUUAAUAUUCUUUUAUGCUUAUAAAGCGUGGAGAUUUGUGAAUCCAAACGCUCAUUCCAGUAGCGCAAAAACAAAGGCUAUGCAAGCUCAAUUUACACGUGCCAUUUUAAUACAAGCAAGUUUAAAAAAAUUUUGUUAUUGUUAAGAGUGCAAGUAUUAUUUUUUUCUAUUUUUGUUCAAAAUUUUAAGUCUGCAGGACUUUUUUUGAAUUUGAUUUUUAAGGAUUUUUUGAUAAUCAAAGAAACUAUUUAUAAGGAAAAAAUAACUAUAUUUUUUUAGACAGUCAAUGCAUUCGUGUUUGCAUUUUUCCCUGUUGGUUUGUUUACCUUUUUGGCGCUGUUUCGACUAAAUGGUGAAUACUUAGGUAUCCUCGUAAUGGCCGUAGUUUCUUGGUUACCUGCUGCAAAUGGAGCCAUAACAAUAUAUGUAGUUAAAGACUUUAGAAACUUUGUCAAGAACUUUGUUGGUUGUAGGCGAAUUAAGGUCAUGAGCGCCACGGUAAGCGUUAUUGGUAGUUCUACAAUGCCAAAAUAUUCGCGAACGACACGCAACUUGACAAGUCAAACGGCUGAAAAAGUUCCUCCGAACUAA